CGCACAGCUAGCUGUUGCUGCUAAUGGCAGACAUAGCUGUCCAGAUUUAUAAAUAGUUUAGAGGCUGUUUGUUUCAUCCGUCUGACACUUGACACCAAAGGAUCUCACAGAGCCACAUGCUAAGCUCAAGCCCUCAUUCUAUGGCCUCAUGGUGGACACUCUCUGUGGGACAGCUCCUCUAUUUUUGUCUGGUCUCCUGUCCUGACUUCCACUGCCUGCUGCUGGUCAGAUCCUCAGAGAUCUCACAGUGGACCUCAAACUGGAUUUGGAUUAUUCUCAAUAGAAAGAGCCUGGCUCUCCCAGAAAGUGGAUAUGUGAGGUGACAGUUCAGGAUUAGAUCGACAGGGCCUCCUUUUGGGGAGAGGGACAAAACAAGCAGAAAGGGACAUAACAAACAAUUCCCUAAUUAUGGAUUAUAAACAUGGAAGGAAAGCAGCAGAGUGAAGGAUCAUUUGAGCAGAGCCAAACUGAAACAAACAAUGCCUCUGGAGAAAAUCCUGAACAGAGGCCCCAAAGUUCGGGUGCAGCAGCUCUACCAGCAAAAACGGAUUGAAACUUUAAGGUCCAUAUUUGCAUGAAUGACCGAACGACUAAAAAGCAAUAUUUUUUUCUUGUAAGUCUGCGUCAUGACCUCAGUUGAGAAGCGUCGCUCGAGCCGCAAGAGCAGUGGGCACAGGAAGCACAGUGAUGGAGGCUUCAGCGACACGUCGAGUGGGGGCUCCUUCCUGGAUGAGACUGAUCGGGAGGUCAGCAAUCUGACGGACAGAGCGUUCAGAAGCCUUUGUAUCGGAGAUGAGGCUGUUUAUAAUGACUCUGACCUCAGUUUGUCUUCGCCUAGCGCCUACUCAGACAGACAGCUGGCUUUCUGCAGAGACAGAGAGGAGAGAGAAAGGGAGGACCGAAAGAGAGCUGCACAGGAGAAUUUCAACCUCAGUGUGCAGCAAUAUGGACAGGACUGGAUCACCGCAGGGAUGUAUGGAGCAGAGAUCCAGAGAGAAGCUCAGUGGGAGGCUUAUGGGGACAGGACACAGGGGAUGGUUUCUGCCACAUUCCAGCACUCCUUAGUGGAAACCUCACAUUUGGGCAAGUCUCUGAGGGAAGAGAAGCUGUCCUUCCACAGCAACGGAGCCACGGAGUUGAGUUCACAACAACGCAGAAGCCACUCGAGAGUCUCGUCUCUCAUCAGGGCAUUUAACUCUGACGGACACAGAGACGUAGCAGGAGUGGAAGAUAACAUCAGAGAGCGGGACGAUGGGACGAGUUGGGACAAAUCAGCUCUCAUGAGUAUUCAGAGAGAACUUUCUGAAUUCUCAUACCAGCAAAAUUUCAACCAUCACUUCCAUCCUGCUGGGCCGUUUUCAUGUCGAGACCCAAACUUCUAUUCCUCUGAAGCAGAAGCAGUGACCCAGAUGUCUCACAGCUAUAUGAGGUCAUCACAAACCAAACACAUCAUGUCUGCACAGGCCAACUGCAACUCCAACUUCUUCAUCCACAGUGAGUUCAGUCCCUUCCAGUUAUGGAGAGAUUACAACAGGUUUCCGUUUCGGGAAGCGGAAGUCUCAGGCUUUAUGCAUUACUCGGAGUUUCCGAAAUGGUAUCAGACGCCAAUGUACAAUGAACUUUCUCUUGAAAAUCAAACACACAGCCGUCACAGAGACAUCAGACAACCUAGGAAUCACCUGGGAUAUCCGGUUCCUCUGACGGCUCCACGCUCCAUCUCAACUUCCUCUCAGAUCCAGAGAGCGUCAGCUGUGGAGAAACGCUGCGAGUCAGAGCUGGCGGUUCAUCAUCCUCACAGGAAGUAUACACAGAGUCUGGGGACUAACAAACUUCCGCCCCACCGCCCAUCAACUGCGUCACCCUCUACUGAGAUGUCUCGACGUGUCAGAGACACCAUCAGCUCUGUCAAAGCUCUGCAGCAAAAGGUUAAAAUGAUGUCAGAGUAUGACACCACAAAUCAACAAGAAACAUUCAGUAGGAAUGAAAGUUGGUUUAACUCAGGAAAGAACACAUUGACAGCAGAGACGAACAUUGUCGGCAGCAACAAAGCGAAUUCCUUUAGAAUUGGCCAGCAGCUUACACCUUCAGUCCAACAACAUCAGGAUGUAGACACAUCCCGCUUACACCAGCAUGAAGUCUCCCCUCAACCAGUAGAGCAUCCUCCAGUGAGAGCCGAAAGCCGAGGAGCAACUCCUGAUGUCAGGAUGUCCAGCUACAGAUCUCGAGCCACAAGCCUGCUCUUCAACCUGAAAGACAACAGAAAAAGAGUAAAAAGCACCUACAGUCCAACCAAGUUUAAAGGUUUAGAUACACCGGAGAGGAACCAACAGCCCCGCGGUCAGGAGCAACACGAAACUUCAUUUACUAAUUCAGAUGUUCAGUGUUUCCAGCCAGAAGCACUGAGAAGCACAAAUGCUGCUAUAAACCAGUAUCACACCCCCGGACUAUCACUUACUGCCCAGACAUCUCAUCCCGCUAGAGUAGACACAGGCCACUAUUCAGAAAACACUGCAAAUGACUACCAGGUAGCUCAGAUGCAAAGUCAUAGCUCUGGAUUCAGUGGCUUUGUAACUUCAAAUUACUCCAACAAUCAUCUGCUGGGAAAUGGGCAGAAUCCUAAUAAAUAUUUUACAUCAUUUACUCCCUACAGGCAAGAUAUUUAUGGAUCAGCAGAUGAAGUCAAGCAGUCUUAUUCAGCUGAGGAUACAACAGGACCGAGUGUUGACAACAAUCAACACAGAGAACAUCCAACAGGCAAAGGAAAUGCAACUCAAAGAGGAGUGUUCGUAAAGGCGGACAGAUAUGAGCAGCUCGAAGAAAACAAACACAAUUACAAAAAUGUGUCCUCCUCCCGGGAUGACUGGAGACAAGCAAGCGUCCAAGAUACAGAAAAUAUCCAUCUCAAAACAAAUGUUCCCCCAGUGAAACAUGAGACGAUGUCUUUGGUGGAACGCUUAAAGCAAGAAAAUUUGCAUGGUGGAGAAAAAGAACAAGUAAAGGAUGCUAAUUUAACACAGAAUUAUAACAGAUUUACUGAUCAGUACGGUAGAGGCCAACAAAAUCUUACAUCAGACAAAACAAUGGACAUGAUAACAACAAGACAGACUAAACUAAAUAUACCAGCUCCAAAUGAAAACAUACAAACUAACCCUCAGUUUGAAAAGAAAAAUCAGCCGAAUCCAACAUUUAUUGAAGAAAAUGCAUCAACUGUCGCAAUGACAAAUCAGAUAAAGAACAUGCAGACUGUAGACACCAAAUGUGAACAGGUGAUGGCAUCCCACAGGAAACCACAUUAUCCCCAAGUGGAAAUGGCCAAAACCCAUCAGAAAGAUAAUGCUGAGCCACCAAAAACAGAAAUAGCAAAGUUUAUUUCAUCAAGGCAACCUGCAUUCGAAAUGCAAGAGCUGCACAAUUUAAGACAAGUCAAAGAUGAUCAUAUAAUUAAAGUAGAAGGGAGGAAAAAUGAACAAAAAGAAAAGUCAAGAGACACAUACUUUCAGCAGGAAGAAGAGAAACAGAUGAAGGGUGAAAAAGAAAGUGUUUUGAAGCUAAGAGACGAGCCAACAAAUGUCACAGAAAAAGUCCCUAAGAAGCUAAAAACAGAACGAGCUGAAAAGGAGAAGCUAAAAGAGGAACACAUAAAAACCGAACUGGCAAAGACCGAGGCGCCUGAGCAGGUCAGAAUAGACCAAGUUAAACAUGAACAGGCCAAUGGCGUGCAAGCUGGGGAAAAACAGCAGAGCACAGAAAAAGCAGAGGGAGAGCAGAUGGAUGCAGAGAAAAUCAAUAUGGAAAAGGUUAAAGAAGAACAGAUCAGAGGCGAACAAAGAGAGCAGAUAAAAGAGCUGCAAACUAAAACAAUAGACGUGAAGAGAAUGGAAAUGGAGGUGUUGGAGGUCAAAACAGACCACAUGAAAGUGCAGGAUAUCAGGGAAGGUAGGGAUGAGAAAGAUUCAAGUCAUGCAUGUCAAAUUAAUUUAGAGAAGGCCACAUCAGGUACAUGCAGCACCGAAGACACGCGAGGAGAAAAGACAAAGCUGGAAGAAAACCUGGAGCAAAAGGAAACUGAGCAAUUGAAAACAGAAAACCUGCUGGAGAGGUCAGCUAAACUCACAGCCAAGCUUGCAGCAACACAGCAGGCCAGACAGGAACCGAACAGAGUUGAGCAAGUUAAGACAGAAUUAGCGAAAGCCAAAGCAGAGUUAGCUAAAAUAAAGGAGAAAAUGAGAGGAGAGCAAAAGGAAAUAGUGAGAAACAUUCUUUUCACCAAAGAAGAAGGUCUUUUAAAGAAAGACGAUUCUAAUACAGGCGAAAACACCGGCAACAAAAACCAGAACCACCCACUGGAAACACAAACUCAUGCAGUGACUGAUGAUUAUGAAAGGCUUAGGGAAAAAUAUGGUUUUACACAUCCGACAUCUGCAAACAGCACCAAAGUGUCAGCUGCAGAACAUAACGAACAAGCCAAAGAAAACAAAGUUGAAAUAGGAAAUAAUUUGUUAUCAAUUGGUGAUUUGUUGUUGACACCAGAGACAGAGAAUAAGGAGGGAGGUAGAAACUUUAAACACGGUAACGAGACAGUACAGGAGAGUGAUUGCAAUGAGCCAUUAAAUAAACCACAAUUAGGUAGCUGUCAUUCUCUUCUAACAAAUUCAUGCGAUAAAGCAAACAGAGAAAAUGUAUCUGAGAAACUGAAGGACGACGGUGGUCAGAAAUCAGAAAAAAUUGAUAUUAUUAAAAGCACAGUUUCCCUGCAAAAAGACUUUGUUUCAGCUAAACAUGAUAUAAAUUCAACUGAUCAGCGAAUUAAUGCAGGCAAAGACAUGGCUGUUGCUCCACUUAAAGCUUUGUUUCAAAGGGAGAAAGCUCAAACAAAGCAGGAAAUACUGACUUCCAAAAUAAAAGCACAUGCUGAGAAAGAGAUUUCCGCAAUAAAAGAAAAGGGAUUUGCUUUACCAGAAGGCUUUAUAGGCAAAAGCUCGGCCAUGCUGUUAGCAAGUGGUCAGAGUGUUAACAUUCGACAGAGGCCCUCAUCACAGGAAGUGCCUAAGAAGCACGAAACCACAGUGUCCAAUAAAAUCACAGCAAAGCAUCAGCUGGAGCCUUCAGGAGUGCAAAAAGAACCAGGCAAGUCUGCUUCUUCUCUGAGCUCUGACACAGUGGGUGGUGAAGCAGCAGCUAAUCAUUCAGAAAAAUCCACAAAAACAAUCCUUUCCACGAGCACCUCUGUGAGCACAACUAACAUCUGUGUGCAAAACGAAAAAAUGGAGGCAAAUCACACAGAAACAUCUGGAAGACUGAGCGGGGAAACGCAACAAGUGGAAAAUGAUGAAACUCUCACCAAAACAAAAGACCUGGCACAUGCUACGUGUAUGUCCAAACCUGUGACCGCGGAGGCCUCUAAAGAAGAAGCUCAUAAAGACUCAGAAUCAGAAGACUGUGUGACUCAAAGUGAAACCUCUGUAAGAGAUGACAGUGUGCUGAUUAUGGGGAUUAUGGUAACUGUAGUAGAAAGAAAUCCAACAGUAAAUAGUGGCCCACAGAAAAACAACAAUGAAAAACAGACCAAUUCAGAAAAGGCAGAGAGCAAUACAUCAGAUUCAGGUACAGAGAAUUCCAGCCAAGAAGAAGCAGAAGUAUUAGUGAAGGCAAGGGACUCUAACGAGAGUCCCUGUGUUAUGAAAGAAAAUGAAGAUUCUCUUGGUAAGAAUAACUUUUCAGAUAAUGUGAAAGAAACUUUAAACUGGAAAGAAAUGAACAGAGAAAUAUCAGCUGAAAACGCAGAUCUCCAACUCAACGAUUGUGCCACUAAUGCAGAACUACAGAAGAAGAGACAACCAGAAGCCGGGUCUGUCUCUUCUAAAGAUGAAUUCUUGGCCAAAACUCAAGCAGCUCUCCACCAAGUGGACACAAUUCUAGAAGACACAAAGGAUGUAAGUGUUAACAUGCCAAAGGAAAAUGUGUCAGAAACCUCUGGUCACCCAGAGGCAGGAGACGAGGGAAGUCAACAUGAAAUGCAAAAGCCUCUCGUCAAUGAAAUAUCUCAUGAUAAAGCCAAUAAAGCCGAAAACGAUCUGCCAAUGAAAGACGACACGACAACAGUUAGAAAUAUUUCCAAAAGCAGUAACAAUGAUGGGCAUCCCUCACCAGUACCAGAAGACAACACCUGCUCCUAUACUCCACCAAGCCCCUUCAAUGAUUCAUGUACGGAUAACACUGGGAUUGCGUCUCAAAACCAGCAAUCCACUGAAACUUUCAGUAAAGAACACGACCAAGAAGAUGCUAGUGUGCAUAUUGAUAACAUUGCCAUCAGAGUUGUACCAACUGAAAGUAAAAGAGACAACGUGGACAUGUUGGAAAAAUGUGACAUGAAAGCUGUUCCUCCGAAUGCGGGGUCUGCCUCUGAGCAGAAUCAGGUUGUCCCAUCCGGUAGUGAAGGAAAACUACAGACUUCAAAUCAUGGACAUCAUUUUGAAAACUCGAUUCAAGAAAACAGCGAGCAGAAGAUGAAAGACAGUCUGGAAGAAAAAUUUGCUGUACAGUAUGUGUUGUCCAGUGUCAAGAAACUGUCUGACUCAUUGAAGGCAAGUGAGAAACAGAACAAUGCAAAUACAACCAGGGAAUCCAUUACAGCUGGAGACAAAAAAUCAGAAUCUAGUGUACAGCUGGUGGAAGCAGAUUAUUUUCAAGUGCAAGGACCAGGGGAGACAAGCAACACGUCUCCUAACGAUAUCACAGCUGGAAAGGGAAAAGACGUCCUAAAGUUACUACCAAAGGAGACAUUUAUUGGCACUGAACUGCACAAGAAACAACACAGUGAUGUCUUUGUGUUCACUGUGGAUCCAAGUGAACGAAAGACAGAUCAGUCAAGUUCAGAAAUUAUUGAUGGUGAAAACUUGACGGGUAAAAAUUUGGAAACUGGCGAUAAUACAGCUACUUCAAAACAGCCUGGUGGUUCCAUGGAGAGUUGGAAUAAAAUAAAAAAUGCGUAUGCAAGCCAAUCUAAUCCCACCAGAACAUAUAAUGAGGUGAACCAGUUGGAGUCCUGUGGAACGGAAAGACAGAAUUCAGGUAAUCAAAAUUUAACAAGCACACAUUCUGAAGCUAAGCCAAAUCCAAGAGAACGAGUGUCUGCAAUACCGGAAAUAUCAGCUAUUGCAGACUAUGCCAGAUUAAAGGUGAUAGUUUCAGAGGAUAAAGAAGAGCAGCCACUUCAGCAAUUCCCUCCUAAUAAAAAGGAAGGGUUCUUCCCGUUAAUACAGACCCGUCAUAGCAGACGCCCUGUGUUUACUGAUGACCCACCAGACCGCUCUGUUAAAACCCAAAGCUUACCAAAUAAGACAGAGAUAACAGCCACAGUCAACAAAGAGUCCAAGUUGCUAGUAUUUCCUAUCAUGGAGAGGGAGCACCAGAGAACUGGGAUGUUCAAACUUGGAGACAAAGAAAGACAAGAAAAAACAGCACUGAAUGCACAAAUGACUCUUUAUAUAGACAAAGAUCCAAAUCAGAUCGAUACAAAGAACUCCCCCACAGAUAAGACAGAAUUAGUGGCAGCAGAGGAGCGUCAAUGGAGGACAGUAGAAGAAGAGCAACAAAUGAAAGUUCCUCAUGAGAUACAAUGGAGAGGAGCAGUGGAGGAGCAGUACAAGAAGACUGCACAACAAGCUCAGCAAAGGAUUGCAGAAAAGGAGCAGCAGAGGAAGGCUCUACAUGAAAAACAACAGAGAAGAGCAGCAGAGGAGCAGCGGAGGAGGACUGAGGAAGCGGAGCAAAAAAGAAAAACUGCAUAUGAAGAACAGCAGAGAAAAGCAGCAGAGGAACAGCGAAGAAAGGCUGCACAACUGGAGCAGAAAAGAAGGAUUGCAGAAGAAGAGCAACAGAGGAAGGCUCUACAUGAAGAACAACGAAGAAGAAUAGCGGAAGAGCAACAAAGGAGAAUUGAGGAAGAGGAGCAAAGAAGGAAAGCUACGUAUGAAGAACAACAGAGAAAAGCAGCAGAGGAGCAGCAAAGGAGGGCUGCACAACUUGAGCAACAAAGAUGGAUUGCAAAAGAAGAGCAACAUAGAAAAGCUGCACAUGAAGAACAGAGAAGAUUGGCAGAGGAGCAGCGAAAGAGGAUUGAGGAAGAGGAACGAAGAAGGAAAGCUGCAUAUGGAGAACAACAGAGAAGAGAAUAUGAAGAACAACAAAGAAGAGAAGCAGAGGAGCAGCGAAAGAGGAUUGAGGAAGAGGAGCGAAGAAGGAAAGCUGCAUAUGAAGAACAACAGAGAAGAGAAGCAGAGGAGCAGCGAAAGAGGAUUGAGGAAGAGGAGCGAAGAAGGAAAGCUGCAUAUGAAGAACAACAGAGAAAAGCAGCAGAGGAGCAGCAAAGGAGGGCUGCACAACUUGAGCAACAAAGAAGGAUUGCAGAAGAAGAGCAACAGAGAAAAGCUGCACAUGAAGAACAACAGAGAAGAUUAGCAGAGGAGCAGCAAAUGAGGAUUGCACAAGAAGAACAACAGAGGAGAGCAGAAGAGGAAGAGCAACGGAGGGUUGAGGAAGAACAAAGAAAGAAAACUGCCCAUGAAGAACAACAUAGACGAAAAGUGGAGGAGCAGCAAAGAAGGGCUGCACUACUGGAGCAAAAAAGAAGGAUCGCCGAAGAAGAGCAACAGAGGAAAGCGGCAGAGCAGCAAAGGAUUGUAGAAGAGGAGCAAAGAAGGAAAUCUGCAUAUGAAGAACAACAAAGAAAAGCAGCAGAGGAAAAGCAAAGGAGGAUCACAGAGGAGGAACAAAGAAAGAUGGCUGAUCAUGAAGAACAACAGAGAAGAGAGGCAGAGGAGCAGCAAAGAAUGGAGGCACAACUGGAGCAACAAAGAAGGACUGCAGAGGAGCAACAGAGGAAAGCUGUUCAUGAAGAACAACAGAGAAGAGCAGUGGAGAGGCAACAAUUGAGGGCUUCACAAAUUGAUCUUCAUAGCAGGACUGCUGAAGAAGAGCCAAGAAGACAAGAUGCACACAAAGAACAACAAAGAAGAGAAGCAGAAGUGCAGCAAAGGAGGAUUGCAAAAGAGGAGCAACAGACAAAAGUUUCACAUGAACAACAGAGUUUAGCAGUUGAAGAGCAGCUGAGAAGAGCUGGACAAUUGGAGCAAACAAGAAGGCUCAGAGAAGGCCCACAAAUGAGAAAGGCGGCACAAGAAGAGCAGGAGGGGAGAACCGUACAAGAACAAAAAAGAAAAACAGAACAACAACAAAGGAGAGCACCUCAAAGUCCAAAUGACCAACAAAGAAAAGCAAUAGACCUGAAUCAAAGAAGAGAUUCACAAUUGGAACAAAGAGAAAAAGAACAUGAACAACAAAGACAGACUGCCCUACAGGACAAGCAAAGAAGAGAGGUACAGGAGCAACAAAGGAGACUUUCUCAAGAGGACAAGCAAAUGAUCCUUUCAGCAGAAGAACAAAAGAGAGGAGUGUUAGAUGAGCAGGAAAGAAAAGCAAAACAUGAGGAGCAACAGAGGAAAGUUGCACAGAAGGAGCAACAACAAAGUGACGUGGAAGAGCACCGGAAAAGGCUUGCACAAGAAAAGCAGCAAAGGAUAGCAUCUCUGAUUGAGGAGCAAAGGCAAGUUAAACAAAUAAAAGAGCAAAUAGUUAGCAAUACUGAAAAAGAAACAAAAGGAAAAGCAAGAGAAGGAGUAAAUGUUUUAAUUUCAGAGAAGGAAAGUGUCAAACAGACACAAGAACUUAACAGAAUCCAACAACGGAAUGAGGUGCCAACGAAUGAAAGUCUUGUGGAAGAGGAGAAAACGGCAUCACGGAAAAUGUUGAAAAACGAGAAAAUAGCUGCUGAGAAGGAAGAAAUCAUGGGAGAACAGAGAACAGAAAAACAUUUCAAACAGGAGAAUGCUAUAGAAUCGACACCAACUAAAACAGAUAAUGAUAGUCAAGCUAACAAGAUGGAAGAAGACAAGCAGGUAUCAUCUCUCAAAGUAAAAGCAAGAGACAGUCAAGAGAUGGACAAAGGAACAGCGCAGAAGACGGAUGCUCUCCAGUAUUUUGCAAUAACCUCAACCAACAGAGAGAAAAGAUCCAGAGAAAAACAGUUGUCCUCCCCUUCACCUUUACAACAACAAAAUAAGAAACAAGGGGAACUUGAAUCACCCAAUGACUUGUUGCACCAGAGACAUUACAGACCUCAUGCUGCUGCAUCUCCAGCUCCAACUCUGCCCCGCUCCAACACCUCCUCUCCUGCGCCAGGAGCCAAGCCCUUGAUGUUCAGAGUAAAGGACAACACCAUCAGAGGUUCCUCUCUCACAAAGUCCGUCAAGCCACGCUUCCAUAAGAACUUUGGAGAGGACUUCUUAAUGGGUUCAACAUUUGACGGGGCAUCAGAUAAAGCAGAGGAUGACCAGGAGAUAAUCAGACGAAAUGCAGGGACCCCAUUAAGUCGUUUUGCCUCUAUCAGCGAGUCUGCAGCUCUCCUUUCGCCGACUUCAUUACAAGAUUACUCAAGCACUACCCCUCACCUGAGACCCUAUUCUAGGAGAAGCAUGGCAACGGAUGAUGACGAAUCUCGCUCUGUCAUCAGCAGCAUGUCAGAGGAUGUGGAGAGCUUUGCGACGAGUGCAGCAGAUCUGACCGAAAUGCAUGGCCUGUUUGAUUUUGACAGACCCGAAUCGGCAUGCAGUUUCAGCAGUGAUGUGUCACGGUCUCUGGGCAAACCUCCAGUUGUUCCACCAAAAAGUGAGAAAGCCUUACGGAGAGCUCAAAGGUUAACCUCUCGAAGGAUGAAGAAAGAACUCUCCAAGGCUGCAGAAGGAAACCCUGUGGGAGUUGGGAAAGAAGUCUCCAGUUUUCCUUCUUCAUCCUCCUCCUCCAAUGAGGUAUGCUCCUCCAAUCACCAUGUUGUGGCUUCCCCCCAUUUUUCUCCACCUGUUGCCUUUGCUCUUGCUCCGGCUACUGGAUCCAGCUUGCCUUCCUCUCAUAAAGAUCGCAAAUCCUCUCAUCGCUCUUUUCAUGCUUCUCCUCAUGCCACCGGCCCCAUUUCUAUCCCCAGUCCUUCGCCUCAUGCUGGUUCUGCUGUGUCUCUACAUGCUUCUAGCCCUGCUUCCAAACCCGAAGCUCUUCAAACAGUUGCUCAUGUAUCCUCUUCUCCCACUCUCCAUCAUGUCAAUCACCCAGCCACUCCUGUGACACAAUACCAUGUAGAGUCAACCAACUAUCCAUUGACUCAGCGGAAGGUUCUGCAGGAUCUGGGAUCUGGUCAGUUCUUUGUCGUAGACGUGCCUGUUCAAGUAAAAACGAAAACUUUCUUUGAUCCUGAGACAGGAAAAUAUGUUCAGCUGAACGUGCGCCAGACUGGUCAGAAUAUUUCUCAACCUCAGCUUCAGCAAAAAUACCAACAGCCUCAAGUUCAACAACAACUGCAAGUCCAGCAGCAGCCACAGUCCCUCUCCUCUGUCACCACGGCUGCUAGUAAGCCUUUUAGGUUUUAUCAAGGCUACCACAGUUCUCCCCAAAACUACCAGGCAGCUGUUGUCAACUCUGUGCAUGAAAGCAGCUCAUCAGUCUCACCAGCUCUACACCAAAGCCAGCAGGCCUCAAGAGAAAACCACAGCUGCAGAACUCCCGUUCCCGAAAUUGAUCAGAACUCCGAGGGCCAUCGCUACAGUCCAGAGAAAACACCAUACAUGGACACAGUUAAUGACAUCACCAAGACAUACAACUUGGUGAACAGCACACGGGACUCAUGCAACCCUUUUCCCGAGUGCGACACAAACAGCCCGCUUGGUAGAAGUUCAGUUUGUGAAAACGAUCACUCAGCUAACUUGGAGUAUCAACCUCGUGACAUUAUUACCAUAAGUGAACUAGAAGAUUUCAUGGAGGUGUCUGACUGGUGAGAAAAAAGACUGACAUAAAAGUAAAGAAGUUUUUCCUGAAAAUAUAACACCUGAAACAUACAGUGUAUAAAUGAUGCCAUACAAAGUUUAAGUAACUUGUCAUCUGAAACAAAUUUUGUUUUUAAUUGUAUAGGUCACUGUGACAUGCUCUUAAACUGCUGCUGAUGUCUUUUUCACAGAUUAACUGUUUUAUUUUGUAUUUGUAUUCUAUAUUUAUUGUUACCAUUCCAUUUGGCUUUGAAUGUCAGAAGCUAACAUAUCUCCCCGUGUUAACAGUGACAUCUGUAUCUCAUUUCCUGGUAUGGUGAACAUACCUUACAUAAACAAAUUGCGAACUGCCCCAUCAUAAAGUGCUUGGUCCUUUAUGGAAGAAUAUGCAUUUACUUUGCAUUAUAAGCAAUGGCUGGUCUGUUUUACCUUUCAUGUUGUUAAAGCCUUGCAAUGCAUGAAAUAACUCUUCAAAGUCAAAGAUCUUCAAAUGGUAUACAACAUAGUUUGUCUAUGCAGCAAGAGUGUCAAAACGAACAUGGUCACAUGGAAGUGAUACGAUUGUUGUUUUAAAGUUAUACGGUACUCUGUUUUAUAAGACGGAUGUUUCUAGGAGUGCUUUUGUGUUGCUGUGAAUGUAGCAUGACAUGGACUUUUUCAGACAACAAAAACACAUUUAACACAGAUAUUUCCCACCAUGUGAUUGUUAAUUUUUUUUUCUUUUGAGGAUUAAAAUAAAACAAGAUUUCUGAAAGAUUUCACAA